GAGGCUGGACAGCCUUGGGCAGAGCGUCUUCGCCGUAAACGCCGACAAUGGCGUACGCGUAAGCGUGCCAUCAUCGAACCCCAUAUUGAUCCUCUCUUUCACCAAUUGUCUGCCAUCUCUAAGGCGGCCACAGCCGCCGCCGUUUUCACGACACAUCACAACCAGCCUUUCCAUCAACAACGAGUGCUACAGACCGGCUUUGCCAGUAGGCCUUUUCUUGCCCAUGGCCUGCCGAUUCCUGGAAUGACUGUCCCACUGGCCGGUGCUGGUGCUAGCACUGGAUUUAUUGCAGGACCGAAUUCCAGCAGACGCGGUCGAGGCGCCUAUCCUAAAGGUCGUCGAGGUCGCGGCUCCGCAGCAUCGGCCCCUGGAUUCAUCUUCCAGGCUAGCUCAGGAUUGUCAGUGCUGCCAAGCGCAAGUAACAGCCUGAAUAUAGGCAAUUUCACGCAGCUUCCUCCGGGCUUUGUCGCCUCCAGGCCAACAGGUUUGCUUGACUCUUCGGGAAACGCAGGACUGGCUGCACCCGCCGCAGGCGCCGGCGUUCUCCUUCGGCCGGCUGGAGUGACAACGGAACAGACCGGAUUGUGUGGCGUGAAUAUUCCUGACAUGGGCCAUACCGCAUCGGCUGAAUCGAUUAACCUAGGACGGCUGUCUGUCCCACCCCUGCACCAACAACACCAUUUGUCCGCCAAUCCGAUGACUGCUGGACAGAGCGCUCCUGGAACCCAGCUUAUCGCUAAUCCAUAUUUGCAGACGCCAGUCUCCGGCUCGUAUCUUGUCGGCCCAGGCUCUCCGGGCUCUGUUGCUAUGACCACUAUAGGACUCAGCCCUGUCGGGCAGAAGCUCCAACCUGGCCAGGUACGACCUUUAUUUACUUUCUCCUUACGCAAUUGCAUCUUUGUCUAUCUAGUUAUGCCUUGGCGGGGUGCCAAAGCAGAUCAUUUUCCUAUAUCUAUUUAA